AAAAAGUAAGACGAUAAGGCAUGUAAAAUGGUAGACAAGAAAUUUACAGCUGCAAUUCCAUGAAAGUCCAUUCCAUGUAUAAUAUUGGGCCUGACCCUCAGUCCCGAGGCCUGGCUCCUCAGUCACCAGGUGAAGCUCCAGAACAUGACGAGGAGAUCCUGGGCUCUGACGACGACGAGCAGGAAGACCCUAAUGAUUACUGCAGGGGUGGGUACCAUUAUGUGAAAAUUGGGGACCUCUUCAAUGGGAGAUACCAUGUGAUCAGGAAGAUGGGAUGGGGCCACUUUUCUACUGUCUGGCUAGCCUGGGAUAUUUUGGGGAAGAGAUUUGUAGCACUGAAAGUGGUAAAAAGUGCUGAACAUUACACAGAAACAGCACUCGACGAGAUCAAGCUGCUGCGUUCAGUGCGGAAUACAGAUCCUGAUGAUCCAAACCGGGAGAUGGUGGUCCAGUUGCUAGAUGAUUUCAAAUUGUCUGGAGUAAAUGGAACUCAUGUCUGCAUGGUGUUUGAAGUGCUUGGUCACCAUCUGCUUAAGUGGAUCAUAAGGUCCAACUACCAAGGACUCCCCAUUAUCUGUGUGAAGAGCAUUAUUCGGCAGGUGCUUCAGGGCUUGCAUUACUUACAUUCCAAGUGUCAGAUUAUUCAUACUGACAUUAAGCCUGAAAACAUCUUGUUGUGUGUUGGUGAACAGUAUGUUCGGAAAUUGGCCAUUGAAGCCACAGAGUGGCAGAAGGCUGGAAUUCCCCCUCCGUCUGGGUCUGCAGUUAGCACAGCACCACCACCAAAGCCUCAGUCUGGAAAAAUGUCCAAGAACAAGAAGAAGAAAAUGAAGAAAAAACAGAAGAGGCAGGCUGAGCUGUUAGAGAGGCGAAUGCAGGACAUAGAGAAGGAGGCAGGCAUUCAAGAGAAAGAUCAAGGUGGUAAUGAAGAUGACGAAGAGGAAGAAGGUGUUGAAAGCCAGCAAGUUUCAUGCCACACCGAAGAGUUAAAGGAAUCUAUGUCACAGGACAUAGCGGAUGAGGAACGUGAGCAUCUCUUGGAGGAGGAGGAGCAGGAAUGUUCUGAAGAGGUCACCAAGGAUAUGUCUUCAGUUGAAUUAAAUUGUAAUGCUGUGGUAGAAGAAGUAACUACUCACUCAGACUGUAGCCAUGUUGAAGUACUUAGAAAAGAACAGGACCUACACAAUGCAAAUGACUGUGGUUCCUUACGUGAAGCAGGGAAUGCCCCAUCCGACUGUGAGUUUGAUAACUACAAGCAACUACUACAGAACGGAGAGUUGGUAGAAACCGAGGCUACAACAUUUGGACUGCAAGGUCAUGUUAUUUCUGAGGCAUAUUCUGGGGCCCCCAUGGAAGGAGUGUCUGCAGUUGAGAAUCUACAUGAUGGCUGGUUAACUGAUAGUAUUCGCACUGAUUUUUCUACCAGUGCAGGGGACCACCUAAAAACUAGCAGUCAGAGCAGUGAAGAAGAUAAGUUUUCUGCUUCUGGUUACAUUAUAAAUCCCCUGGAUCCUCAAAAUUCAGAUAAAAUUAAGGUGAAGAUAGCAGAUCUUGGAAAUGCCUGCUGGGUACACAAACAUUUCACUGAAGACAUACAGACAAGGCAGUAUCGGUCGCUGGAGGUUCUGCUUGGUGCCGGAUACAGUACUCCUGCAGAUGUCUGGAGCACAGCAUGUAUGGCAUUCGAGCUUGCCACAGGAGACUACCUCUUUGAACCUCAUUCAGGUGAAGAUUAUACUAGAGAUGAAGAUCACAUUGCAUUGAUAAUUGAACUGCUGGGAAAAAUACCUCGCAAGCUUAUCAUGGCAGGCAAAUAUUCCAAGGAAUUUUUCACAAAAAAGGGCGACUUAAAACACAUCACUAAGCUGAAGCCUUGGGGUUUGUUUGAAGUGCUGGUGGAGAAGUAUGAAUGGUUGCAGGAGGAAGCAGCCAUGUUCACAGAUUUCCUUUUGCCCAUGUUGGAACUUGUGCCUGAGAAGAGGGCCACAGCAGCAGAGUGUCUGCGGCAUCCGUGGUUGAAUAUCUGAAGAGAGAACAGCAGCAUUUGAAACAGAAUGGCAGCUUCAUCACUGCUAGCACUUGAUCAUUGGUAAACUGACCAGGAGACAGCACUCAUCAGAUCCUGGAGUAUGGGACCUGCAGGGACUCCAGCUUUCUAGUGUCUCCUGAUGGCUGAUGAACUGACCUCAGAAGAUGAGCCACUGGUUCCAUGCUUUCAUUUUUUUUUAUACAGGCACUUGACAUGUCUGUUGCUGGUGAGACAUGAUGGAUUAUUUUUGGCUGGUUUGAAUGGGACAUUUCCUUUGUACAGCCAGAAGGGUCGAUGAGACUUGUAAUAAGCCCAAACAAAGCAAGUCUUUGUAACUUUCAGGAUACCUGAUCCUAAUACAUGAACCCUUUGCACAGUCCUCCUAAGGAUUUUGCUUCCAGAAAAUUUUUACACUUCUGGAUUGGAUUCUCAGAGUUUUGGGGGAUCCAUCUUUGGUGUUAUGGAUGUUUGCAAGGAAGUGUACAGCUCAUGACUUUUUUGAUCCUUGUGUUUUAAAAUAAAAAAGGUCUGGUUCAUUUUUUUCUUUUUUAACCCAGAAUAAAAUGUUUUGAAAAUUG